AUGAUGGUAGAGAAUAACGUAGAAGAUGAGAAAGAAGAGCUUGAGCUUCCUUUCUUUGACCUUGCUACAAUCUCCAAAGUAACUAAUGGCUUCUCAAUUAACAAUAAGCUUGGAGAAGUUGGAUUUGGGGCCGUAUACCUGGGUACCCUAGCAGAUGGACAAGAAAUUGCUGUGAAGUGGCUCUCACAAAGUUCUGGACAAGGGUUUAAUGAUUUUAAGAAUGAAAUCAUAUUGAUAGCCAAGCUUCAGCAUCGGAACCUAGUUAAGCUUGUUGGUUAUCCCUCAAAGGCUAAAAUUUUAGAUUGGUCUAAGCGCUUCAAUAUUAAUUGUGGAGUUGCACGAGGACUUAUGUAUCUUCAUCAAGAUUCUAGGUUGAGGAUAAUACAUGGAGACCUUAAAGCAAGUAAUGUCCUACUUGAUCAUAAGUUCAACCCAAAAAUAUCUGAUUUUGGCAUGGCUAGAACUUUUGGGGGAGAUCAGAUUGAAGGAAAUACAGAGAGGGUGAUUGUAUCUCAACAUAAUUUGUAA